AUGGCUGAGGCACCUCAGCAGCAGCAGCAGCAGCAGCAGCAGCAGGAGGAGGAGGACGAGGAGCAGCAGCAGCAGCAGCAGGAGGAGGAGGACGAGGAGCAGCAGCAGCAGCAGCUGAACACCGAAGACACGACGGAGCCAGAUGAAGGGUCGGAGGAGCCAAAGGAAAUCGUCCAGACGACCCCGACUAGACCUCUGCUGUCCAUGAGGUCCAUGAGCAGCGUGGACCCAGACGAUGACUCCCCCAACAUGAUUGCUUACAGAAAAAUUGAAGAAAUUGUCACUCGCAUCCAGGAUGAGACCGAUGGUGUGCCCAUCAGAACUGUCAAAAGUUUUAUGACCAAAAUCCCUAGUGUUGUUACAGGUACAGAUAUUGUGCAGUGGCUGAUGAAGGACCUGUCCAUUGAGGAUCCAGCUGAGGCCAUGCACAUUGGGAGUCUCAUUGCAGCUCAGGGCUACUUCUUCCCUAUCUCAGACCAUGUCCUCUCCCUCAAAGACGAUGGCACUUUCUACCGCUUUCAGGCACCAUAUUUCUGGCCAUCCAACUGUUGGGAGCCUGAGAACACAGACUAUGCUAUCUACCUGUGCAAGCGGACCAUGCAGAAUAAGACGAGGCUGGAGCUGGCAGAUUAUGAGGCGGAGAACUUAGCCAGGCUGCAAAGAGCCUUUGCCAGGAAGUGGGAGUUUAUCUACAUGCAGGCUGAGGCCCAGGUCAAGAUCGACAGGAAAAGGGAUAAAUCUGAGAGGAAGAUCCUUGACAGCCAGGAGAGAGCCUUCUGGGACGUCCACAGACCUGUGCCUGGAUGUGUCAACACCACAGAGAUGGACAUCAGGAAAUGUAGACGCAUGAAGAAUCCUCAUAGAGUUAAGAAGUCAGUGUAUGGUUUGGCAGAAGAGGGAACACAGUCUCAAAGUCCCGUUCAGACUCCCUCGCACCACUGCAGGAAAGGCACCAAGGAGGAUGUGGAGAAAGAGAUCCUAUUUCUUAACCAACAACUAGAUCGUCACUGUAUGAAGAUGUCCAAAGUUGCUGAAAGUCUCAUAGCCUACACUGAGCAGUACAUGGAGUAUGACCCAUUUGUGACAGCACCAGAACCAUCCAACCCCUGGACCAGCGAUGACCCCUCCUUCUGGGAUCUGGAGGCCAGUAAGGAGCCCAGUCAGCAGCGGGUUAAGAAAUGGGGUUUCUCUCUGGAGGAGGCGCUGAAGGACCCGGCAGGACAAGAGCUUUUCCUCAAGUUUCUGGAGUCGGAGUUUAGCUCAGAAAACCUGAGGUUCUGGCUGGCGGUGCAGGACCUGAAGAGGAUGCCCCAGCAGGAGGUUGGACAGAGGGCUCAGGAUAUCUGGGCAGAGUUCCUGGCAGAGGGAGCACCAAGCUCCAUUAACCUGGACUCUCACAGCUACGAACGCACCAGCCAGAACCUGAAGGACCCCGGACGAUACAGCUAUGAGGACGCACAGGACCAUAUCUACAAGCUGAUGAAAAGCGACAGCUACGCACGUUUCUUGCGCUCCAAUGUAUACCAGGAUCUGCUUAUGGCAAGGAAGAAACCUGAGAUGGAGCAGGGGAGGCGCACCUCUCUGGAGAAGUUCACUCGCAGUGUGGGCAAGUCUCUGACGGGCAAACGACUGACGGGCCUCAUGCAGUCAUCCUGACAAGGCCUGGAUCCAGAGUAGGAGGAACCAUACCCAAAAGAGCUGCUUACCCGUGGGUAGUAGGUGGAGAAGGACCCUGGGGUGUGUGGGUGUGGCUGAGGGAGGCGCAUGAGGGUGCCAAACAAGCUUAGACCGCCGAGUGGAAUGCGACCACGUCUGAAACUCACUUGAUCAGUUCAAGAGGACCGACAGCAUGCAAUAAGUCACCAGACCUGACACCGAGACAGUGCUGUUACAGUGUAGAUGAUAAACAAUGCUACUCUUCUUAGGAGGUUUCUACUCAAAAGCCUGAACCAAACAAGGCCAGGCACAGUCGCUUCUCUCUAUCUACUAUAUACACAUCAUGUCAAUAUGGUAGCUGAAGAGGCUCUUGCUUUACUUUCAGUGAUAUAAACAUGGAAUGCUUGAAUGCCUUGAUUAAAGUCAAAAUGAGACUUAGAUUAAUGCUGUAGCCAGCUGUUUUAUCUCACGUCUUUCACUAGGAAGGUAUAAGGGAAGGAGGGAUGGGAGGGUUUCCAGUAAACAUUCACACUAGAACUGAUGGUGGACUGCCUUCUUUUCAUCAAAUGAGCUUUUAGAUCAACUUACUGUUGUAUGACACAAGAUAUGCCUCUGUAUGUCUAAUACUGCUUUAGCUGGUUCCAGUGUGUACUCACAUUUAAGAUCAUUCUCAACACAAAGCAAAAUGCAGUUUUAUCAUUUAGACAUCUGAGUAAAUCAGACAUCACUUGACCUUUAAACAUUCUUGGCACUCAGAAGUGAAACUGUGUCAUAAAAAGGUAAGUUGAUCACUUUACAUUACUUUAAAUGAGUGAGUGGAUGACAUGUGAGGCUUUAUUCUAUCUUCUAAACAUUCCACUUCAGGGUGCCACAAUAAGGUUUAGUGGGCUGACUUCUAAUCAUUCUCCACCUUAUGUAAAGAGGACCAUGAAAAUAAAAGAGGAAUGCACAAAAAA